UUUCAUCCUUUUUUUUUUUGCAGCAUCAGUACCGCGCUCGUAUCGCAUUCGUUUGCUGGAGUCGGAGCGCGCUGCGGGGCGACACUGCACCGCCAAGGAGGACGCACAAGCACGGUAGAGGGGGGACUAGAGAAAAGGAAAAAAGACAGAGAAGGUAGCGCACAGGGGAGACUCAUAAGCUACCCCCUCAUUUGAAUACUGGAAGAAAAUAUCAAAUUGUCGGACCUUUGGACAUAAGAAGACAACGAGGCGGAAAAACCCAGGCGAUUAUAUUUCAGCCAGCACGGCGGGGAAACAAUGAAGGAUCGUACACAAGAACUACGAAGUGCUAAGGACAGCGAUGAUGAUGAAGAAGUUGUCCAGGUUGACCGGGAUCACUUCAUGGAUGAGUUUUUCGAACAGGUGGAAGAGAUCCGAGUCUGUAUAGAUAAGCUGUCAGAAGAUGUGGAGCAGGUCAAGAAGCAGCAUAGCGCCAUCCUGGCAGCGCCCAACCCUGACGAAAAGACCAAGCAGGAGUUGGAGGACCUCACAGCUGACAUCAAGAAGACAGCCAAUAAAGUUCGCUCAAAAUUAAAAGCAAUCGAGCAGAGCAUUGAGCAGGAGGAGGGGCUGAACAGAUCAUCUGCAGACCUGCGAAUUCGUAAGACACAGCACUCGACGCUGUCACGCAAGUUUGUAGAGGUGAUGACCGAGUACAACACCACGCAGUCCAAAUACAGGGACCGCUGCAAGGACCGUAUCCAGAGACAGCUGGAGAUCACUGGGAGAACAACCACCAACGAGGAGCUGGAGGAUAUGCUGGAGAGUGGCAAGCUUGCCAUUUUCACCGAUGAUAUCAAGAUGGACUCUCAGAUAGACAAGCAGGCCCUGAAUGAGAUUGAGACCCGACACACCGAGAUCAUCAAGCUGGAGAACAGCAUCCGCGAGCUGCACGACAUGUUUGUGGACAUGGCCAUGCUGGUCGAGAGCCAGGGAGAGAUGAUUGACAGAAUUGAGUACAACGUGGAACACUCCGUGGACUUUGUGGAGCGGGCGGUGUCUGACACCAAGAAGGCUGUCAAAUACCAGAGCCAGGCUCGCAAGAAGAAGCUCAUGAUCAUCGUCUGCUGUACUAUUUUGGGAGUCGUCUUGGCAUCCACUAUCGGCGGAUACCUGGGCUUUUAAUGACGACAACGACGAAAGGCGGCCACAAGAGAAAGAAAAAAACACACAGAGAGAAAAAUAUCAUAUACAAUAUCAGAUAAGGAAAAUGUUCUAAAAGGGGUGGGGUUGAAAAAACAAAGACAAAAAAACAAAACCGACAUUAUAGCUGACUAAAUACAUAACAUAUACAAAAAAAGAGGGUACAAAUAAACAAACAAUUUGCAAUGUACAUGUAAAUGUAUUGAACAUAAGAAACAGCACAUGGGUUAGCUACCUGGAAAGAAAUAUGACGUAAAACAUUUGUUUUUUAACAUUUGUUUUUUUUUGGGGGGGGGGCUCCAGGACAGUGCCAAUGACUGCUAAAUUGUGUGUUGUUCCAGCAAAGGUAGUUCACUUGGAUGCGAUUUUAGAACAUAAUGCACAAAACUGGAGAAGGAUUAGGAGGAUCGGUGUAGUUUAUUUCAUAGAUACAAUAAUCCCGUUUCGUUGGGAGAGACUGACUUUGGUUUUGCUUGAACAGUGUCUUUUAGAGACUUCUCAUGGGUUGAUUAUUCCUGUCAAUCACGUUAAUCAGCCAGACAAAUUAGUGUAGUCAACUUGAGUAACCCGGCAAUAGGCUGAUCAAAUCUCCUAGAUAGGCAACAAUGUCUUUACUUCGACCAAUAGGGACAAGAGCUUACACCCAUGGAGCUGUUACUACGGCAGAUGAAAGGCCCUGGCUGACAGACAGAUGGAGGCGUGUACUUUAGGGCGUGGCACUGCAGUAGCAGGUUUGAAAAACAACUGACAGUUUGCAGGUGCUCCAUCAAGGCCCUUCUCUGCUCUUAUCCAUACAGUAGGAGCUUGGAGAGAGGAACGUCUCUGGGCCUUCAGCUAAUUCCAUAUGCCUGCGGCAGAAACCAAAUUCAGAGAGAGAUUAGAGAGGUGAGACGGGAGGGGUGAGGUAAACCGACGGUCGAACUAUGCAGUUUUGACAAAGAAAGCCGACCAGCUCGAGUUUUCCCAAGGAUGUUAAGAGAGAACAGACAGAGAGAAAAAAAUGAUAUUAUAAAAGGUUGCAAGAUACACCAGAGAGGGAAGGAAUAGAGGGAGGUGAAAGAAAGAGAGACCUAUAGCCGUCAUGCCUGUUCUACAGAUUAGGAACAUAUUAAAAAGUAAAGAUGAAAAUUGAACAACGGAAUCUCAAAACUUGAAAUGCUGGCAAGCCCUGGUGCAGAGUGUCAUGUCUUACUUUGGAAGUGGUUAGUUCUACUGUGGUCGUGUAGUGUGUGACGUGUCCUGUGACAAAUAGUCUGGCCUCAUAUUUCCUUUAUGGAUCUUUAGCUAUAUUUUGCAUUUUGCCGUUUUGCUUUAUUUUAUUUUCAAAGAUACAAAACAUAUAAGCAAAUGGGUACUGUGAAUGGAACACGUUUGUGUGCCCCUCUUGUGAAAUUGUAUUUUUACUAAGCAGAGAUAUAAUCUUAAAAAACACGCAACUAUAGAAUCUAUUCAUAAAACAUGUUAGGUAUUAAUAAUUGAUCAAUCGGUCGGUCAUGUUGAGUUUUUAGGGAACCUAUUCAACCCUCCGCUUGAGUUGUUUGGGUGCUAUUUCACGAAGAUGGGCGUUUCCCUCUUAAUUUCCAUUGAUGGUGCUGACCUAUUACCAGUUCAGAAUGGCAAGGUCAGGAGAGAAUACUGGGCUCUACGAUUGCACAUUCUACAAACUAAUGCCAUUUGAAUUCAGGCCCACGAACAAAUAUGAAUGCUGCUACAUUUAUCUGAAGGAGACAGCUCUACCUUGCCAAGGAAAUAUGCAUGGCAACAUGAUACGGAUGUCAUGGUGACUCUGUUGAAGCCAGCACUGUAAUGUCGCAGAUUAAAAUCCAAUUGCGGGAAUAACUGAAUCAAAAUCAUGACUCACGAGCCUCUUGCCCUCAAAGUCCCAAUUCCCUGGCUUGCGUUGACGGUGUUGGCCCCGACUAGAUGAACUAAAGCGUUCUGACUGUUUGGGGUCACCUUCAUGGAGUAGUGUCCCAGUUUAGUUCAUAUGACAAGGCCUUACCCCCUGUGAUCUAGAUUGGACAUGGACCUAAUCAGAAUGUAGAAUAUACUCUACGAUCAAUAGAUGUUGAGAAAGCAAUAACUUUAUUGCUGGUGUAUUGAUUUGAUUUGAAUAUAGUCAAUUUAAAGAUGAACCCAAUUAUCCUUUGACGUUAGCUUCCUAUAUGUAGGAACUUCAUAGGAUAUAAGUUGUAGCCUAGAGGUUAAGAGCGUUGGGACAGUAACUGAAAGGUUGCUGGUUUGAAUACCUGAGCUGACUAGGUGAAUAAUCUGUUUAUGUGCUCUUGAGCAUGGCACUUAACCCUAGUUGCGACUGUACUACGUUCUGGAUAAGAUUUUCUUAAUUUCAAGUGCCCAAACAGACUAUGCUAGUCCCCGCAAGAUGAAACUGUGUUUUCUUGUAAUUGAUACUUUGACUGUAUAAUUGUAAUAAUUGUAAGGAAAAAAACAAUGUUGUCAAAUGUUUUCGGGAAAAUACUCAUUUUGUGUUGAAAAUGUCCUUAAUAUUGUAAAUUCAAAGGGAGGAGACAGCUCUCAGUUUUCUGAACUUGGAUUUUAAGAUGGAAAUGUAGCUAAAUUCAACAUUUCCAAGUGCCAAAAGUGACUCUGUUCAGUGUAAAACCAAAGGCGCAUGAGUUUACUCCAUGAGUGCCCCAACACAGAGAAUCACGUUAGUUUAACCUUUGGACACUGAAUUGUCCAUUAAUGCACAUCUCACAGGACAUUGGAUAGGAAUUAGCAUACCUAAUUCAUCUUACCUAUUGGCGGCUACAAAAUCAAUACACACCCACCCACCCUUCACAGUUAAAUGGUCAUUCCCCUGUCAUUGUCAUCAGCAAGGAACAUUAUUUUCUAAGUCAUCGGUUUCUUGGUGAAUUUCUAAGUCAAGUGGCCCAAUGAUGGUCAUCCCUGACUGACUGUCUGUCAUUGAACUGUCUCUGUUGUUGUCCAAACUUUAAACUAUAGUAACUACAUUCAAGUUAUGUUCCACUUUCAGCUCGGUGGCCAACCAAAUCAUGGCCCUUUCCAGUGCUAAGUAGUAGUUAGCUGAUGCUUUGUGCUAAAGCCUGCCAUUUCAUCAUAAGGACAAUACUUGCAAUAAAUAGGAAGCUGAAACCUUAAAUGAAAUGUUCAGUCAUUUCACAUAUCCAUGCAAAAGGCUCUUUGGUUCUGAGUGUGAAACAGUGGCCUUUGAUAGCGGGCUGUCCUUUCAGAAUGGGAGUUUGCAUUGCUGACUUUUUUCAUGAACAACCACAUAACUUUGGGAGAUUGGCACUCACACCUUGGAACACAGUGAGCAAGAAACAACAAAAAAGGGCCUCUAUUUAAACAUGAUUUAACUUCAGGACUAACCCAUGUCACUGUUUUCUACGUGCAUACCGGUAACCACUUUUGAGUUCUGUACAAUCUCGAUCACCACGAGACGUGAUAUUUCAGUCCCACCAUGACUUAAAGGCUCUAAUAUUACUUUGGUGAGCCUCUGAAGUCCAAUUUGUAUCUUUCCAUGGCAAGAAUGUCUUGCUGCAGCAAGAGACAUUGAGGGCAGAGGAAUGGCGAACGGGAAAUGUAGGUUCGUUCGACCAACAUCUCCAGCCACAGAUCCAGGAGGGAAUCUGACUGUAGUCCUCAAGUCAUUCCAGCACUGGCCAGCAUGUUCUUUUUAAAGCUUCUGUGUAUUUAAUUGUGUCCAACCACUUACAUGUACAGUUAAAAUGGGGUUAUAUUGAUGUCGUUGUUGUUUUUUUAAAAGGAAUAUGGCUAGGGAGCCCUUAUUCUUAUUAAGGCAUGCAACUUUCGGCUUUGUGAGUUUGCAUGGUAAUUUCUGCUCUCAAUCAUGUGCGCACUUUACACUCUUAAGAAAACACUGUCUAUCACGUUCACGGUUUAUUUAUCGAUCGAUUAUUUAUAGUUACUCACUGGGGACGGGGUGAGGGGUUGUAGUUAUAUCGCUGCUGGUGUCUGUUUUAUCGCAAGUCUACAGAGACACCAUAUUGACAGUGGUACGUCCAGGGGGGUGAUCUACGUAUGUACGAGUGUUUGUAAACCUCUGGGUACUGUUUGGUGCAAAAUGUCGUCCCUCCCUUCCUGCAGAGUACUGUAGUGUGCGGUUUUCCCCCACCAUGGCAGAACCCCGAGUAGUAAUUCUGAUACAUUCCAUCCUGUAGCCCUCUUUCUCUCCCAUGGCAUCUAUCCCACUUUGCUUCGUGUGCUUCUAUGGUGGCGUAUGCGUCCUUUGUGAGGAAACGUUAAUCGUGAGUCUUUAAGCUGCGACUGCAACUUGUGAGCUCCUAGGCCUUGUGUGCAUGCCCCUCGUCCCUGGCAACAACAAAAAGAUGGUGCGUGUGUGUGUUUGUGUGUGAGCAUGAACGUUUGUUUGUGUACAGUAUGUGUGUGUACGUCUGCGAUCGACGCAGGCCAGUUGCAUCACACUCUGAGCACGCGACUAGGCAUAAGGGCUGUUCGGGUUUAGCAGGUCCAUGGGUUGUAGCUGUUGAGUUCCAGUUUUAUGUUGAAAACAGAACAACAACAAAAAAUACACUAUUUUAAUAUGUAACCAAAUUCAAACCAAAGCAUUUUGCCCCACGUGUUCUCAGUCACCUGAUCAAAGAGCACAAAGAAAGUCAAGUUUACAAAAAAAUGCUUAUAAUAUAAUAAGAGUAAUCUAGAGUUAUCAUCCAGAUUAUCUCCCCCCCCCUUCAAAUCAUUGUAUGUUGUUCUGUCAGCUAAUUGAUUCAAACUUCUGAGUUGACUUGUUGAAAAGACUUCACAAAUUGUCCUUUAAUCAUUUGUAGUUUGUAGUCUUUGUGGUUGUAAUAGUGAGAAGAGAUGCAUAGUCAUGUGAUGUACAAGGAGUCCUCUUACACGUGGGUCCAAAGGAGACAACAGUGACGAUUAUUAUUUGGUGAGACACAUAUCCCUAUCCAAACUUCUGUGUCGUCUAUACACCUGUCUUUAUGCACACAAUAUAUACAUGUUUUUUGUUAUGGCCUCUUUAACACCCAAUUCAACACUCACUUGCUUUGCUUUCUCUGUGCUGGCAACACACCUGAGCUGAGUGUACCCAGAUCAACUUUGGUGAAUAUAAGGGCACUGACCUGGAUGAACCAAAGUAUUCUGUUUUUAUUCCUGUAUUGUUUUGAACUUAAAAGAUGUAUCGGGUGUGCGGAACAUCGGAAUGACCUCCAAACGUAGUGAGCAUAGAGAAAGCAUUCUGUAAAUGAGUGGAGAAUAAAUGACGGUAAUGACCUUGCCAUCUAGCUUCUGUCAGUGCAAAGCCUUAUCAGUGCAGCCAAUGGAAAGGAAAACCUCUUCUGGAAAGGGUUUGAAUAUGGUCUUGAACUGCAAAUAUAACCAGUUCGAUCUUUCAAAAUGAAUUACCUGUUUUAUAUUAUCAUGGUUCAUAUUUGGGGUUUCCCUGGCUAUAUAUGGGCACCCUUACAUAUUUGCUUGUUGUAGCCACAAGAAAUUCAAGGCCCUAUGCAAUGGCCACUGGCUUUAUCCUCACCGUUAUGUCAAUAUUCAAACUGCUUUCACAGAAGAGGUUGCUCAACCAACUAAAUCCUCUUCGGAGAUGCUACUUUCUAUUGUGGUUUACUAAUGUGCUACUGUUAUUUGCCACAAUGAAAGCGUUUGUUGUUUUCUUUGCUUUAUGGUCCUAUUCUGGAACAUACUCACCAUAUCUCACAACAGUAUUCCUUUGUAUCAGUGUUCUAAUUGGGAGUGGGGUUGGCAGUGUAGGAAUGAUGCCCCCGAAAUUGUGACUUCAGAAAGUUGAUUAUUAUCUGAAUGGUCAUAACAGUAGGUUAACAGAAAACUGAAUAGAUAUUACAUAUAUUAUUAUAAUGAAAAGAAAGUGCAGUAACAUUUGCAAACUGAGGGAGAUGGCAAAAUGAUCAAAUGCUAAACUCAAAAAGUGAGUGAUUAUAUUAUAGCAAUGAUUUAAAGAAAUAAAGGAGUUAUGUUAACAAAAAUAAUAGUAGUAAUAUUGAAUGCUCGCAAUUUUGUUAAACUGAACUGGAUCUUUGUGUCUUGUAAUUAUUGUAAAUACUUCAAAGAGAGAAAAAAUGACUUGCAUGUCCAUGUAUAAAACUACUGAGAAACUUGUUCCUGUCAAAGUUGUGAAGUGGUUCGAUCUCUGCCCUAUCCCCACUGUCCCCCCUCUUUGGACUGACCGUCUGUACAUAUAUGUUCUUUCAGUUUUAAUGCGUGUUUGGAGAGUGUUUGGACAAAAGAAAGAAUCAUUUGUGUGACCAACCAUAUCAGUCAAAAACCAACCAGUUUGAUUUCAUUCAGAGGUAUCCGUCUCUGAUGAAUAGUGCUUCCCUCCAUCCCUAGUAAGAAGGGAGUGGCAAUGUACAUAUUGCCAUGUUGUCUCAGUUUCCUGCUUCCAGGCCAAAUAUGAACUCAAACACUUUCUUUGUCUCCAAUUAUUAGCUGGAAGUCAGCCAAAAAGAGCCCUGUCAUUAUGAUUGGUAUUGUCUUGUAUAAUGACAAUGUCAACCUUGUCACUUGGCUUUGGGCUUCUUCUCAUGGGCCCAGGGUCUCUCAUCGCUGUGGAAAGUAUACUGUGGUGAAAAAAGAAGUCCUUCUCUUAAUUGAACCUGCCAUUAUGUAGUGGUCAUGACAUUUAGAGUCAUUAAGUACUAAUUUGUGUGAUCUUUAAUGUCUGGCAAGUGUUGCAACUCUCCUAUAUUCGUGUGCAUAGGAGAGAAAAUGAUUUCCAUUGUCAAAAUUGUAAGAAGAAUUUUUGAAAUGAGUUAGGCUCUGCGUUGAGUUUUGUCCUCUUUUGUAUUGAUAUCUUAGCGCGUCAGAUGCGAACAACUGAAUCACCUUCUUAGGAGUUUGAGAGGAUUUGUCCCAAUUGUGAGGCAACCCAAGGAGGUCUGAUCCUCAAAGGGAAAAUUGUGUCUCAUACUGAAAGAUUGGCCUGUGACAAUACAGAAAUCCACUUUUAUGUGCAAUACAAAAGAAAAAGGGCUUUCUCUAACAUGCAGAAGUGAGACAAAAUUAUUUCAGACCUCGGUCGACCACAACACAGUUUUGGUUGCAGAUUGAAAGCCACAGUUGGUGGAAGUGAUUUGAAAUGUGUAACAACACAGGCAGAAGAGAACAACUCCAUCUUGUUCAGUGAAAGUCAGUUAGAGGGGGUUGUCAGGGUGGGAGAGAUCGAAGUGAAACAAGAAAAUGAUACUGAGAGAGACUGAAAAAAAGAGGACAGUUGGAUCGCUUGCUGCAACUUUGACUGGAAAUGCAACUUGUGUCCCGUUUUUUUUGUGUGUGUGUGUGUAUGUGUGCGUACCGUAAUGUAAAAAACUAUCUGUCCCUCUCUCUCCCUCUCUUGUACUGCUGUUUGCUGUUCUGUUUAGUUAGUGUGAUGUGCCAGUAUCUCCCCUCCUCUCGCUCCCUUUUCUCCAUGGAUCUUUAAGAUGACAACUCUAUGCAGAUGCUGUCUUUUAUAAGUGUGUCAAAUUUUAAUUUAAAAUAAAAACUAUUAAAAAAAAAAAACUAACCCGACAGACAUAUUGAAAUGAUAAUAAAAAAAUGAAUAAAGAAAAGGAUUGUUCAGUGUA